GCAAUUUAUCGAAGUGAUAUAUAUGGAGCUGCUACCGAGCCUCUCUUCCAAUCUUCCAAAUCAAUGUUGUCAUCUCCACAAAUAUUUGUAUGGAUUGCGCCAAUCUAAUCAAAUAUGAGUUUUGUCCUUAAAAAGGAUCGGAAAACUAUAUGCAGUGUCAAGUCCACAAACCCGCCUACUGAACUGUCCAAUGAGUUGAACAUACAUACAAUGAGACAUAUGAAAGUAUCAGGAAUUUCCAUGUUGCCCCAGUUUUCAUUGUACCCUGCCCCAGAAAAUUCGCAUGAAAAGCACGAGUGGAGAAGGUUCUUGGAUUUCCUGCACAAGUAUGACAUGAUUGCUAUUGCAGACUUUGAGCCAUACAAGUUCUACAUUCUGCCCCCUGCUAAAGCCUCGACAUCUACCCCAGUUACUGUUGCCUAUCAGAUAGGCAAGACAUGCGUUGUGGAUAGUAGACCACGGGAUUGCGAAUCAGCAGGUUCGCACUUGGCUGAGGAGCAUCGCCGACCUAAUACUUUGAUGAUGAGAGGCCCAGCAAAUGGUGCAGAAGUUUGUUCCUCUGAUCCUAACUUCCCUCAAACUGAUGAUUGUGCCAACCAUUCUAUGAGUGAAACUUGUGAUGAAUUGAAAAGUAAAACUCAUAUGAAUCAGGAUAGACUCUUCGAGAAAAAUUACAUACGAGCAGACCCAAGUUACCUAAAAACUCUUGGUCAAGCUCAUUCUGGAUGGAUUUUUGGUGGGAUAGCUGAGCUUGUUGAUAAUUCAAGGGAUGCCAAAGCCUCCAAGUUGGAUAUUUUUGUAGAGAUGAUCAAGUUGAAGAAAUCUGGGAAGAAUGUUCCUAUGUUGUCAAUUAUUGAUAAUGGUCAAGGGAUGAACCAUGAUGAGAUUGUGAAAAUGGUAUCGUUUGGGCAUAAACAGCCUGAUAAAGAUGUCAAGGAUCACAUUGGCAGAUUUGGCAUCGGAUUCAAGAAGCAUAAAUUGAUCUUAUACAACCCUUUGUUCUCUCACAAAACCCCAUUCCAGACAGGAGCAAUGAGGCUUGGGAGGGAUGUUCUUGUUCUAACCCAGACUGCUAACUCCAGAUCUUUAGCGUUUCUUUCACAAUCUUUGAAUGAAGGCAAAGAUAAUAUUGAGAUUCCAAUAGUUAGUUACUGUCGGCAAGGACAACAGGUGGAAAUUGACACAGCUGUUCAGUCUGAAGCUUUGGCAAAAAACAAUUUGAAAGCUAUUAAGGACUUUUCACCAUUUGACAAGUAUCUAAUUGGGGAGAAGGCAGCCUUGUUUUGUGGUGCUACAGGAACACAGAUCUACAUAUGGAACCUAGAUGAAUGGGGGUCAGGUUAUUGUCUAGAAUGGCAUGAUGGACUGUAUGGUGGGAGUUCUUUCCACCAAGGCGACAUUUUUGUCCGCUCUAGAAGGAUUCGUUCUCGUCAAGGCCAAGUUAGUGUGAAGGUUCCACUAGAUUUUUCGCUACGAGCUUAUUUAGAAGUCAUAUUCUUAGUUCCACGAAUGAAGAUGUUUGUUCAAGGAACACUGGUUAAAAGUCGACCACUAGCAAAAUUUCUAACAAAAACUGUUGUGGAAUCUGGUGACAUCUUGGGAAAUCCUGUUGAAUUAACUCUGGGAUAUAGUGAAUUAGAAUGGGAGCAGGGAAACUGUGGAAUAUUUUUGUACUGGCAUGGUCGUUUAAUUGAGGCUUACAAGAGAGUUGGUGGUAUGAUCCAUAGUGCAGAUGUAGGGCGGGGUAUAAUUGGUGUCAUAGAUGUGACCAAUAUAAUGGAUGAUAAGGAUGGCCGUGUUUGGGUGCAUAACAACAAGCAGGGAUUUCAAGACUCUGAGUCAUAUGCGCUACUUGAGGAGUGGCUUGCGAAAAAAGUAGAUGAAUACUGGGACAAAAAUUUUGAUUCACUUAAGUUGCAUAAAGAUAAUCGUAUCUACAAACCUGAUUCCGAAUGGGUGCAAUGUGACAAGUGCAGAAAGUGGAGAAUGUUACCUCAUAACUAUGACGUCGAAAAAUUACCUAUGCAAUGGUUCUGCUAUAUGCAGCCUUUUGGGGGUCAAUGUUCAGAUGAAGAACAAAAGAUGGCACCUGGCACAGUUAAUCUUUCCGAUAAGCGUUCAGGAUAUGACUGCAAGCAUAAAGAUUCUGAUAGGAUAAAGGUGGAAGGUGUUAUGAAUGCCUCUGGUAAAGAUGAGAGAAGGGUGAGCUUCCAGAUUGAGGAGACCAAACCUCAGGUGUUAAAGAGGUUGAGAAGAGGACCUCCAUCUCCGAAUCAUGAGAAUGCAAAGUCUAGAUCACCUUCCUCAACAAAGCUGUAUGAUGAACAUACAGCUGAGAAGAGGGUGAGGUUUGAAAUUGAAAAGACCAAACCUUCGGCCUUACAGAGGUUGAGAAGAGGACCUCCUCCAUCUCCAAAUCAUGAGAAUUCAAAGUCUAGAUCACCUUCCUCAACAAAGCUGUAUGAUGAACAUACAGCUGAGAAGAGGGUGAGGUUUAAAAUUGAAAAGACCAAACCUUCGGCCUUCCAGAGGUUGGGAAGAGGACCUUCAUCUCCAAAUCAUGAGAAUUCAAAGUCUAGAUCACCUUCCUCAACAAAGCCGGGAAAGGUGCACCCACUCAGAUAGAAUUUUGCAGGCUACAAAAACCACAUGAAAAGUUGUUUAUAU